AUGCUGCGCUUCCGCCAGGUGCUCACACUAUCUGUUUACGGAGGCAUUCGCAGUGUAUUCCAGAGCAAGGCCUUUGUUAGCGCCAGCAAGGAGCUCCCCUCGACACCCGAGGGAAAAAAUCCGUACGACGUUCUCGAAAUCACCGUUACAAACGCCACAAGUUUAGAUGACGUAUCAAAGCAGUUUAGAGAGCUUGUGGUUCUCAACCACCCUGACCAGCCCGGCGGGUCGCAUGAGAGGAUGUCAGAAGUCAAUGCAGCCUACAAAAUAAUCAAAGAAAAUCACAACAAACUGAUUCAGCGGCUGAAGGACUAUGAAGCAAAUACAAAAGGAAGCGAAGCCUUUCAAAGACACAAGCAAGCCCGGGCCCGUAGUGAUGAUGAUCUUGGACGCCAUGGUGGUGUUUAUCGUCGAAAUGCAAAGGCUGCCGAACAAUCUAGUGGGGCUCGAAGGGCCCGUUCCCUUCAAGAAAUUGAGUCAGAUUGGAGGCGCUUUAAAGACGAGACGGAGCAGUCUGUCUCAAGCAUGUGUAACCGCUACGAACUGGCUGUGGAAAAGGGGCGUUUUUUCCGGAAAACGUCCAUGCUUAACGAAAUUACCGUACGAGAACGUUGGCUGCGAAAAAGUUUUGUGAAAAACGUGUGGGAGGAGGUUCACGAACUACGGGGAGAACUUCUUCGCCGAGGCGCACGUAGCGCUCAGCAGUCACAGCUGGCAGAGGAAAUGGUUGCCUUCGCAUCUUCCGUCCAGCGGAAGUUGAAUGAUGAUUUUCAACGGCUCACACAACUUAGUGUGCAGUCACAAUCCCAUCUGUUUAUUCAGCGGGUGCUAUUCGCACUGUUGUUGGUGGUUGUUUUCAUCAAGGUGUGGGGGUGGGUCGUCACAGGAAUGUUUAAAAAUUCACUCACGGUAAGAUUUCGGCAGGGAGUUUUAAGUCGCUAG